AAGGUAACUUCUACUCCUGAAAAAACAAGCGACGCGAGUUUUAUAUGAUAAUCAAUUUGAACUAUUUAAAAGUUAUUAGCUAAGAAACAUUGAAUUGAAUAAUAUAAGACACUUGUUUAAUCUGCAGAUAAGUGUUUUAAACACGUUUUGUUUUAAAAUAAAUAAAUUAUCUACGUUUCCCCCUCUUGUGAGUAUACGGUCAUAGAAUUCCACUGAGCUCAGGUACUAUGGCUGAAGAUGAAUUCUUUGAAGGAGCUGAAAAGUUAUUAGAAAUUUGGUUUGGUCGUCAAGACGGUCAAGUAGAAAAUGGUGACUUAAGAAAAAUACCAAGAGAAAAGUUUAAAGAUCUUUUAAAACAUGCCAGUUGCGAGGUUAUCAGUUUUUCUAGCAAUGACGAAAUCGACGCAUAUGUUUUGAGUGAAAGUAGCAUGUUUGUAACAAAACGUCAGUUUAUUUUAAAAACUUGUGGCACUACUACUCCUAUAGAAUGCAUUAAACCUUUGUUGUUAUACGUUCAUGAGUAUACUGGAUUUGAUGAAGUAGAUGAUGUGUUUUAUUCACGCAAAAAUUUUGAUAGACCCGAAUUACAAAAAAACACAUAUCAAAGUUUUAAAUUGGAGAUACAAGCAUUAGAUAUUAUAUUUAAAGGCACUGGUGUAGCUAGAUGUAUGCAUUCUUCAAAAAGUGGUGACUCAUGGUUUUUAUAUGCAUUACAUCCUGUGAAAUGUUUCACUAAAGAAAAACAACAAUCUGAUCAGACUUUGGAAAUACUUAUGACACAACUCAAUCCUGAUGUUAUGCAAAUAUUUACCAAAGAACAAUCUGCUAAUGCUACUCAAGCAACUCAGAAUUCAGGUAUCGCAAAAUUAUUGCCUAAUAUGAAGAUAGAUGAUUUUCUAUUUGAUCCAUGUGGUUAUUCCAUGAAUGGAAUUGCUAAAGAGGGUCAUUAUAUGACUAUUCAUAUAACACCACAACAAGAGUUUUCAUAUGUAAGUUUUGAGACUAAUGUUCCUCAAAGUUCGUAUAAAGAAUUGAUUUCCAAAGUACUAAAAACAUUCCAACCAAAAAAAUUUAUUGUUACUAUGUUUACAAAUCAAAAAUCGCCUAGUAAAUCCAAUCAUAAGGAAUUGAAAAAUUUAACAGAGCUAGGAGAAUGGCGUCAAGAUACAAAUAAAACAUGCUCAUUGAAGAAUCAUGACCUAUCUGUAUCAUUUUACUCCAAAUAUCCCAGCUGAGAUCAACCAGUAUGGGACAAGCUUCGUUUCAAUUAUCAAAUACCAAGAAUUCCAGAUUACACAACCGUCCUAGUUUCUCUAGUCUGCAUAAAAUUAUUAGCUGUCACAGAACCACUUUAUUAUUUUACAUGGCGUCGCUUUAAAAUUGUUUAAAAGUAUUUGCAUUUUUGUUAUCAAUCACAUUAUUCUGUUAAAAUGUUAUAAAAUUUUGUUAAUUUGUAAAACAUUAAGACUUAUAUACAAUGUUUGUUCCUGAAAUGGAUACAAGUAAUUUGCUUGUUAAUUGUGAUUAUUAUAUGGUGGGUAUUUUGAUUCGAGGCAUGUACUGAAACUGAUGCGUCUCUAUAUUUUCCUUCUUUUUUUUAUUAGAUUUUCGUUUUUGUUGUUUGAAACUACACGUUCUGUUUGACUGUUCAGAUUUUCUAUUUUAAGUUUAUGACCAUGUUUAGAUUAUGCA